AUGGAGGAGUGCGAUGAACCUAUUCCCAAAAGGCGCAAGACUUAUCACGUUGCCAAGCUCGUCCUACCUCCUCCAUUUUCGACGUAUAGCCCGAUCGCGCAAGUCACGUUAGACGUACUCGACACCGAUCUCGAGACAGCAGAUUUACAUGAGGACGACCUUCCCCUUCCCGUGACUGUCGAAUCUCUUUUAGACUCGGACGAACAAGUUCUGAUCACUUUGAGCGUGGGGAAGAGAAGGGGCUUGAAACAGGCGCGAGUGAAAGUGCCAUUGGGUGCGACGGACAGACAGAUACUGCUAGACUCGACACAUCUCGAUUCCGCUGUGAGAUACAGACAUCCUGCCGCCCCGCCACUGGCAUGUGCAUAUUCUAGCAUUCAGACUACUGCUAGCGGAGUUAAGUUGAACACAUUGAUUCUGUGGGAAGAUACUGUCUCGCUGAGGGACAAGGUCGACCCAAAGUUGUUCGCUAUCCUCGCUCGCUAUGUCCCUCCCAAAACCGCACCAGGUCCUUUAUUUGAGUCAUGGGAACCCCGUCAAUUCUAUGAUAGCGUCCACGUACCCGAAGAAUCAGAGGAAGCAUCUGCAGACAUCAAUGUCCCGUUCCUGGAGUCUUCGUUAUUUCCCUUCCAGCGUCGUGGCGUGAGAUGGCUUUUACGCAGGGAAGGCAUUGAUCUGAUGUCUAGCGGUGAGCCCCAGCUGCUGCCUGAUCCUCCAGCGGACUUUCUACCCCAAGGAUUUGAUAGGGCUGAGAACUCGGACGGGGUCACAUGCUAUGUCAACCAUGCUUUGGGGCUGCUCUCAACCGACUUGUCUUCAAUUCAAGAGCGAUUCGGCCCUAUCAAAGGUGGCAUUCUGGCCGAUGAGAUGGGCCUUGGAAAGACGUUGGAGAUAAUAUCUUUGAUCGGCCUGAACCCUAGACCAACAGCAUUGCGCGGCACGAUCGGUUUGCGUCAAUCACCUUCCACCCUAAUCAUCACCCCCCCUACGAUCCUGAAGCAAUGGAAACAGGAGCUGCAGGUACAUGCUCCCUCUCUACGUGUGUAUUAUUACCCAGGUGUUGGCACCUACAAGAAAGCGGGAGACAAACUCAUCGAGGAGCUUCUAAACCAGGACGUGGUCCUGACCACCUACAAUGUUAUUGCUAAAGAGGUUCAUUAUGUGGGUGAGAAGCCUGGUCGCCAACUCCGGAACCCUCAGCGAUAUGAACAUCUAAAAAGCCCUCUCACGCAGAUUUCGUGGUGGAGAGUUUGUCUCGAUGAAGCCCAGAUGGUUGAGAGCGGUGUAUCUUCAGCAGCGACUGUUGCUCGCCUCAUUCCUAGGGUCAAUGCUUGGGCAGUCACGGGCACUCCUUUGCGAAAGGGACACAGAGAUCUAUAUGGCCUGCUCCUAUUUCUUCGCAGCGUUCCAUGGUCGUACUCGACUCGGCUGUGGGACCAUCUGGUAAGCUAUCAUCGGCCGCUUUUCAGAGAUAUGCUAGGCGAAGUUGCUAUGAGGCAUACGAAGGAUUUUGUUCGAGAAGACUUGCGGCUGCCCCCUCAAAGCAGGCAUACAAUUACGAUCCCCUUCACACCCAUCGAAGAACAACACUAUUCUCAACUUUUCCAGGAGCUUUGUGAGGAUUGCGAUCUUGAUCGAACAGGUGCACCACAAACCGGUGACUGGGACCCUGAAUCACCAACGAUGAUUGAGAAGAUGAGAACAUGGCUUACUCGUCUGCGACAGACUUGUCUUCACCCAGAGGUCGGCGGUCACAAUCGUCGUGCUCUAGGCAGAAGCCAUAAUGGCCCCUUGAGGACGGUUGAGCAGGUUCUAGACGUAAUGAUCGAUCUACAAGAGGGCCUAGUACGUGGUGUUCAGCGAACUCACCUGAUGACAAUGAUACGCAGGGGACAACUUCUUGAAAAUUCUCAAGCCACUGCUCAAGCUCAAGCAGUCUAUAAAGAUGUGUAUGAGCAAGCGUGCGUCAUCGUCGAGGAAUGCCGUCAGCAGUUCGAACAAGAACAAAAGACUUCUGAAACCCUGAAGGUAGAGGACGACGACAAUGAAGAGACUAGUGCUCGAUUGACCACCAUGCGCGCUAGGCUACGAUCUGCGCUGGAAGUACAACAUAUUGCCAUCUUCUUCAUGGGAAACAUCUCCUUCCAGUUGAAGCAGCUUGAAACCGAGGGAAGCGAGGCUUUUGAAGAAUACGAAAAGAAAGAAACCACAGCAUAUGAGAAAGCCAAAUCUAUACGUGGCGAACUCCUUGCGGAGAACCUACGUCACGUCAACAAGCUGAUUACGACGGUGAAAAGCAGUAUUUCCAGCGGCUCCGUAGCGAUUCCUGAUCUCGGAGCGCCGGAUGGGUAUGGUGGGAUCGAGAGUCGCAAAAUCUUUGACAAGAUCGAUGCUUAUUGUGAAGCCAUGAACAUCCAAGCCCAACAGUUACGUGAACUGCGGAUGAAGAUGGCUGACUUUCUAAGCCAAGCCCUUAUUGACGAAGAUGAGGGAGUCGAGCUGCAGGGUGACGAAUAUGAAAGCUCUACGAAGCAUCAGGAUGAAAUGUAUGCUUACAUGGAGGCACUCAGAGCGCUCUCUGCGGACCGGAGCGAAGCUCUCACCGGGCAAGAGAACAUGCUUAUCAAACAAGAGAUGAAGCAGUUUCUCCGAGCCGCGAAGGAAGGUGAAGGGCCUGCACCCGAGCUGAUGCUCAAAUUGCUUGCAGAGCGAGAACACAAGAGGGUCAAGGUCUCCACAUUUGGUUGCCUGCGAGGCCUGAUUGCAGAAGUCAGACAGAUGGUCACUUCGUUGCAGUGGCAGGAGGGAAACGGUCACGUUCGAGCAGGCCAUGAAGCUGCUAUCCUUGAGCGCGUGCUAAAGCACAUGCAACAACUGAACACCGCCCAGACGAAAAGUCUCACCAGCCUCGAACAAGAAGUCAACCAAUUCCGCGACACAAUGAAUAGCCGUCUAGAUUACUAUCGUGCGCUCCAGAGAAUUUCCGAUACCGUGGCGCCGUUUGAAGAAGAAAAUAUCGGAAAGCCGAUGUCGGACGACCAUUAUGCCAACCUCGAAAAGGAAGAAGCCAAACAUCAGAAGAAACUCGUCUCAUUGUCGGCCAAAUUACGGUACCUACUUCACAUGAAGGCGACAGAGACCAAGUCUUCGGCGCCGAGAGUAUGCACAAUCUGCACUGAUCAGUUUGAGGUUGGAACCAUGACGUCUUGCGGCCACCAAUUCUGCAAAGACUGUGUGCUUACAUGGUGGGCCCAACAUCGCAACUGUCCAAUCUGCAAGACCACGCUACAUCCGAAUAGCUUUCACGACAUAGCGUACAAGCCAGCGGAGAUCGCGGUGCAGGCCGAGUCCCCUUCGUCGGCCUCUCUGAUGAAUUCUCCCUCCGGUCCCGAUCGAUCUCACGACCAGUCAAUCUAUUCAGAUAUCAGCACCACCAUGCUGAACCAGAUCAAGGACAUCGAUCUUCGUGGCCCAAGCUUUGGCAGUAAGAUCGACUUUCUGUGUCGACAUAUCCUGUGGCUCCGCGAGCACGAUCCAGGCUGCAAGUCCAUCAUCUUCUCCCAGUAUCGCGAGUUUAUCGACGUCCUUGCCCGGGCAUUUUCAGAGUACAAGAUCUCGUCUACGCGGUUCGAUACCAAGAACGGGAUUGAAAACUUCAAGGCCGAUCCUUCGAUCGAGUGUUUUCUCUUGCAUGCCAAAGCACAUUCCGCCGGUCUGAACCUCGUGGUGGCAAGUCACGUGUUUCUUUGCGAGCCCCUGAUUAACACGGCCAUCGAGCUGCAGGCCAUUGCGCGUGUCCAUCGAAUUGGCCAGUACCGACCUACCACGGUGUGGAUGUACUUGAUUGCCGAUACGGUCGAAGAGAGUAUCUACGAAAUUUCCGUGGCGAGACGAUUGGCCCAUCUGAAGAGCACUUCCGACGGUAAGCAUUCGGGAAAAGGGAAAGGAAACGGGAAGAAAAGCAAGGCCACUUCGUCAUCUUCAGCUUCUGGCACAGCGACACCCUCCACGUCGUUGCAGGAGAAUGCUAUAGACGCAGCAAAUUCGAUGGAACUGCAGGCUGCUGAUCUGUCGAAACUGCUUGCUGCAGGCAAGAAUGGCGGUGAGAUGGUAGAUUCACAGGAUCUCUGGGCGUGUUUAUUCGGCCGUGUCAAGAAGCGGGAAGAGGUCACUGGUGGGUUUGCGCACACCAGGCCUGCUUCUUCGCAGGUGGGUACGUUGCUGAGACUCGAAGCUGCACAACGCCGCCAUGGUCCGGAAGUGCUAUGA